CCCGACAGAGGAGAGUACUGAGAUGAAAUAAAAGGCCAUACAGGUAGGCCCAGCAUUGAGCACAGGAGCGGCGUUAGAGUUCUCGUAAAAGGAGCCGAUUGGCCAUGGACAUCGGAUGAGAGAGAACAAGCUCUUGCCCGAGGUCACAUCGUCCGCGUCGGGUUUGUCUAAUCGGAGCGGACUUUUUCUCUUGCUUCCUCCCAGUCCCACCAACCGACCCCGGUGCAAGCAUUACCGGAAUCUCUAAGCAGGAAAUUCGAACCAUGACCGCUAUACUUGAUAGAGGUGCACCAAGACCCGAAGAACUCGGUGACGCAGCGAGUCUUUUGAGACAGCCUCAGACCAUCAUCUGGCUCAAGACCUCCGACCAGUCGUUCGCCAUCCACAAGUCCCUCCUCGUCGAGUCGUCCAAGUACUUCCAGCGCUGCCUCGACGGCCCCUUUGCCGAGUCGGCGACCAACACGAUCGACCUCAACGACGAUGACGCGGACGACUGCGGGCCGGGCGCGAGCGUCAGCCCGCUCACCCUGGGCACCUACGUCAAGCUGUGCUACUUCACCCGCCUCACCGCGCAGCGCGUGCGGCGCUCGCGCCGCAACGCCGCCGACCACACCGAGGACUCGUACGAGGUCUCGCCCUUCACCCUGAAGCCCUGCGACAUGCACACGCCGCACUGCCUCGUCGAGCUCGUCGACAUGUGGUCCCUGUGCGACCGCUUCCACGACGACCUGCUGCUGGGCAAGGUCUCGACCGCCAUCCGGGAGACGCUCGACGUCGGCGCCCGGAGGCUGGGCGACGCGCAAUGCGCCGAGUGGUGGGUCUUCAACUUCGCCAACGGCCACGCCGCGCUCGAGGGCCUGCACCGCCGGGAGGACGACGGCGUCGAGGGCCUGCUGGAGAGGCUGAGGGAGCUGUUCGUGCAGAACUGCUCGCCGGCGUCGUGGGAGCGGCUGGCGGGCCAGCUGCCGAGCGGGUUCGUCGUCGCCGUCUCGAUCGCGUUCCACAAGAAGAUGGCGGCGCUGGUGGCCAACGAGGCGGCCAUCGCGAGGGUCAACGGUGCGAGCCUGUGUUACGAGUGCAAGACCAGGGUCCAGACGGCCUUGAAGCGAUGAAUGCAGAGCCGGAUCAGUCCCUAUUUCGCCCAUGAGCAUAACCCAGACUCACGUGGAUAAAUGACUUGUGGAACCACUCCGCAUCUUGCAAAGCCAUGCAAUGUGAUGAGUAACUGCUGUUGGCCUUGUCUUCAAUCAUUUGCCUCCGGGAAUAAGAGGGGAGGGGA